CUUAAUACGUUUAACUUAAAGUGUAGCAUAGUCAUAAUAAUAAUUUAGUAGUAUGUAGGCAACGUUUAAAGUGUAGCAUAGUCAUAAUAAUAAUUUAGUAGUAUGUAGGCAUUAUCAGUUAUUUUUAUAUUUCUUUCUUUCAACGUUAAGCAAGGAUAAAGGACAGCUGUUAAGUUGCUAUUGCCAUACAAAUUGAAAAGUUUAAGCUGGUGAAUGAAAUGCUCUCAACACUGGAUACAGUGAAAUAUUAUUUUACAGAUUUACUGAAACUUUAAGGACUGAGGCUUACAAUUAUAAUUUAUUUAGCUUACUUUUGACUCAAACAUCUAACAUAACUUGCAACCGCAGUCAUUGACUUUUUGAGAAUGAGUCUCCUUGAACUUCCAAAUGAGGUUCUUGAAUACAUUCUUAGGUUUUUACCUGUUCAUUCAACUAUUUCUGUUAGCAAGACUUGUCGGAGACUGAAUGAAAUUUCUAAAAUUGAUACUUUGUGGCAGCAUUUUUGUCUGACAGGUAAAUCAUGUCUUUAGCAAACUUAAUUUUGUUUAAAUAGAAAAUUUAAUUAGAAUUAUUGAGCAUAUACAAAUUAUUAGAUUACUGUAAUCUAUGUUCAUGGGAUUAAAGUAUUUGGGGGUAACAUAACAAAACAUUUCCAUGUUGUCCAAAUUACUUUGUUUCUAUUCUUGUAUUUAUUUUAUGCAUUCAGAUUAUCAAGUUAGCUGUAAAACUGGUUGGGAUAUUUCAUUCCAAGAUAUCUACUCGAAAGGUUAGCAAUUGAUUUUAUGCAAAUGUUUACUCUUAUAAAGUAGUUGCAUCAGUAGGGGUGAGUCCCUAUAAUUGAUAAUUUUGGCCUGCUCAUUGACACUACCAAGAAGAGUCUUAGCCUGCUCCUCUUUAGCGUAACAGCCUCAAACUUUCCCAGGGAAAGUUUGCAAAUGAGUGAGUUCUAAUGAAGUAGUAUUAUAGAUAAUUUGAUACAAAUGAGCCAUGCUUAAAAAAUUGUUUUUGUAACUAACUACAGAGAUAUUUAUUAUACUAAAAUAAGAUAAUUUGGCUAAAUUUGCACUCAGAUUUUAUAGACAGCAUUCUGAUGGUCCACACAUUUUGUCACUGAUAUAUAUAUACUACACUCAAAUCCGCUUAUCUCGACCUCGGUUAACUCGCCAACCCUGUUAUCUCAACGUCUUUGAAGUGGAACCGCAAAAUUCUCUUUUUCUUUUGUCUUAGCAUUUACUCCUCGGUUUUCUCGAUCAUCGGUUACCUCGACGCUUUUUGGCAAACCCUGAGGCCGUCAACAUAACCAAGUUCUACUAUAAAUACAUUUCUUGUGGCACUUGCAGCAGAGUUUAAGAAAAAAUGACAGAGUCUGUAACUAUAAUGAUUAUGUGGUGUCCCAACUCUAAAAAUCUGGUUCUGAACAACUAUUCAAGAAAUGUGAUUGUCUUUGGCAAUAAAACUGAGAUGACAGCCAGGAUUUCCACCAUAAAAUGACUGAAUGCACAUAACAUUCUUAUUGUACUUGCAGAAUAAGAAUGUUUUCUAAACUAUAAAUUGUUCAUUUUGGUCAUACGUAAAAGUACAGUUUAAAAAACAAAUGGUUGAAAUGAUCUGCAAAGCUUUUGAUAAUGGUAGUUGCAAAUGUUACAUUUUUAAAAAUAACUAGAAUCACUGUAAUGUUAAAUUUUUAAAAAUAAUAGCAUCCAAUGAAAAGAAUUACCGGUAUCCUAAAAAUAGCUUUUAAGGCAUACCUUAAAAGUCAAGUACAAAACAGCUUAAAUUUUCUUUAAAAAAUUUGAUAAGUGAGAGAAAUUCAUACAAAUAAUAUAUAUAAAAUAAAUGGUGCUAAAUAAAGAUUAAAAGAUGAAUAAAAACAAUUAGAGGGAGGCUUGGUCAAAACUGAUAAUAAUAAAUAAUCAUAGAGGGUUAUAUAAAAAGGUAUUGUGGAAAUAGGAGUUGAUUGAAUGGAGUGUUACAUAAAAGGCUGAAAGAAUUGUCAAUUUUAUCAAAAAUACAUCAAUAAUGUUUGGUGUGCUGUUGUUGGUUGAGAUAUAAUAUUUUAAUAUGCUAUAUUAUUAUUUUUAAAAUUAUUUUUGCUCCACAGUUUUGAAGAACUAUGGGUUUUUUGGCUGGAAACGACUGGCCUUGAUUCCAUAUGGUGGACUUGUUCAUGUUUGUGUUAGUAAAUAAUUUCUUAUCAUUAUAAUUAUUGACUAAAUAAUAAACACUGGAAUAAAAAAAGCUCUUUUCUUUAUGAGAUGAGAGUCAAAAGCUCAAUCAAGUUUAGCAGAUGUUACAUUACCUGGAAUACCUUUUGCCUGAAACAACAAAAGGAAAGAUUAUGGUAAUAAUUUAUUCAUAUCUUUGGUCUCUACAGUGGGUACAAGGAGAAAUUGAAAUCGGUGCUUAUGUACCCAUCUCAGAAAUCAGACCAGAUGAUGGCCUAUCAUGUGAAAAACUGUUCUCAAUUCAAUGGAAUGAAAACACAGCAAAUGUGGAGUUACUAUGUAUGCAGAACAGGUCAGGGCCUAAACCUGCUUUACUUAUACAGGUUAGGCAUUUUUUACAAUUUCGAUUUUAAUAAUGUCAUCCAUUUUAUUAUUAUUAUUAUUAUUGGUGUUUUUUAUUUAGCGCUGUACAUACAAUUUAACAAACAUAAUCAUGAACUUAAAAAUUAACAUACAUUAGUUAAAUAAAACAAAACAAAUGUAUAUUGAAUCCACCCAUUCCAUAACUAUUUACAAGUCAAGCCAUGGACGGCACCCAGCAGCAUCAUUUAUCAAUCAGAGGAGGGAAUCAGUCAGGAUAGUAGAGUUUAAAGAGAUGUGUUUUGAGUGCAGUUUUGAAGGCUGUGAUGAUCGUUAUAUUGUUGAUGUGUAGUGGAAGAGAAUUCCAUUGUUUGGGGGCACAGAAAGAGAACGAUCGUUCACCGUAUGUUUUUGUGCGAGUCUUGGGGACAGAAAGAAUACAGGCAUCUGCGUAGGAGUGAAGCUCUUGAAGGGGUGAAUAGACAGAGAGAAUUUCAGUUAGAUAGGAAGGGGAGGAAUUCGAGAAAAAGUUUGUGGCAGAGAACAGAGAGUUUGAAGUCAAUCCGUGCUUGUACAGGGAGCCAAUGAAGUGAAUGAAGUAGUGGUGUGACAUGAUCACGGUUUUUUGCCUUUAGAAUUAGACUAGCAGCUGAGUUUUGAACCUUUUGUAAUUUUUCUAAGAAGUGUUUUGGUUCUAGGUCCAAGUUUAUGUUUAGAUCAGGGCAUUAUUACAUCUUGUAUACAAUUAUUAUUCUUUCUAUUUUGUUUUUAGUUCUUGACUUAGAAAUUUCAUCCUAUAUCACACUGCAUCACACUGUAAAAAGAAAAACCAUACAUUUUUUUAGCAGUAAUUCAUUUACCUAUCAAUAACAUUUAAAAGUAAAAAUAAAAAAACUUAAUUUUACUAUGACAUUUUUUGAAUAUCUUAUCACAGCUGUGUUAUUUAUUUUUUUUUAUUUUAAACAAAAUUUGUUGUUGAUGUCAUCCAAUACGUAUUUGCUUUCAGGGAGGAAAAUAUCCCCUACUAAAAUGUGCUGACAAUGAAUGCUACAAAAACCACAAGAGGAAGGUAAAUUACUUAACAAUUCUUUUCAAAUCAUAUAUAUAUGUUGUUUUUUUUUACAUGCUUGGGUAAAAAUUUUUUUAAAUAUUUUUUUUAGCAUAUUGAAAUAUUGUGAACUAUUGGAUAAAUCAACACAAAUUAUUAUAAAAUGAUUUCUUAUUUUAUUUGACAUCACUAUGAUAUAGAACUUGACUAGUAUAGUGAAAACUUUAUUAUCUACACUAAACGUGUAUUCCAGAAAAUAUUUGGAUAUUGAUGAUAUAAUAUACUAAUAAAAUAUUUUAAAAUUUGUUAAAAAAUUUAACCCUUAACUUAAAAAAAAUUUGCAGCAUGGUUUUUGCAAUUAGCCAUCCAUUGACCUAAAUCUAAAUGAUGCUGUGAAGAUGUUUCCUUUCCAUACCAAUUGCACAUUUUUUGGGUCUCAAAAUAGGAGUUCAGAUAUCCAAACGUCUCGAUAACUGGUAACAGGGUGAUAGUGAGUUUCUACUAGCAUAAACCAAGUACGACUAAGCCACAGCUGUAUAAGAUUAGUGUUGACACAACAUGCUGAAGCAGAGAACUUAUUACCAAAGCUUUGUGUCAUAAAAGAUAUCUUCUUCUUACAGGUUGAAUCAAGCAAGUAUAGGACCAAUCGAAGGUUCACAUGUGGAUUUAAGGAUUAUGAGCAUGCAUUCAGUAACUGUGAUUUACACCAAGGGUAAGCCAAUGUUUAAAUCUCUGCCUGCUUUGUGUUAAUGUCUAAAUUUUCAAAACUGGCUCAUCAAGAAUGUGUCCCUAAAUGUAGCUUCGCAAUAUUAAAUCUUAUUUUUGUUUGGGGUCGAGCCAUAAUUUAUACCACUUACUUAACGGAAAUCACAUCAAUUAUCUCAUGUGGAAUAAUUAAGCAAGCAUCUAAAAUUUGUUAGGUCUUCACAUUUUUAUGGAUCAUAAUACACAGAAAAAAAUUCAUUAAAAAAUUAAAGUUCCACAAAUCAUUUAUAAAAACCAUCUCUUCAUUGAAAAACUAAGCAAAGCAACUUUAAAGAGCUUUUCUUCUUGAAAGCACCUAUUAAAGCUGUAAAGUUGAAGGUGCUGUUUUAAUUAAUUUUCUUUGUUGUAGAACUAAAAUAUUUCACUAUUAUAAAAUUAUGUAAAAAGAUCCCCUCUUUUAUAUUUGAUAUUAUAAAUGAAUUUUGUAAUAGUAAAGAGAUGAUAUUAGCUAAUGCCAAUCUCAAUCCGUGGCAUAAAAUUAGAUGCCAGCUGCAUUUCCAAAUUAUUUAUUUAAUUAUGUACAAACCAAAUAUAGCACUCCAUAUUCUCCAGGAGGAUCACUUAAAACUUUGUAUACUUACAAAGGUCGUAGGUUAGAUAUCUCUGGAGAUUAAUAAGUACCCUUGACUUUAAAACUAAAAUAAAUCCUAACAUAGUUUAUGUGAAAUUAUAGGAACUGUUUUAAUCAUGUGUCUUGUUUCUCUAAAGUUUCAACGUUCCACUACUACCACUGUGUUUUCCAACUUUGGCUGAUCAAAGGAGGAGCCCUAUUCAGUUGGGAUUGUAUGCAGCCAGCUACGGACCACAUGGUGUUGAGAUACUAAAUUUCAUGAUGAAUGAAGCUAAUCCUUUCAUAUUGGAAGGGCUAAAAAUUUCUGUAAUAUUGAAAUCUUUUCAUUCUCCUCUACAAAUAUAGUAAGGCCAAAUAUCCUCUAACAAAAUUGUAUACCUGCACUCAAUAGAUAGCAUAUGAAUCUCAAGAAUCAUUUGUGACAAUGUACAAAGCUUUUUAAAAAACACAUUUAUGUAUUUAAAUAUAUCCAUUUCAUUGUAUUUCAUUGUAAAUUAACAUGGAACUGGAGCAAUAUUUAUCACAAAGGGGAUAGAAAAUCUCUAAGUUUGGAGGCACAUGCCUCCCUAUCAUUUUUAUAAUUGCCUAUUUCAGUCAAGGGGGUGGUGUGAUAUAUUACUAUAAAUAACUUUCAACAUUUUCUUCACUCUCCUGGAAAAAAAAUGGGUCAGGUAUUGUUAUAUACUGAGAAUAAAAGUGAAGUUAUUAUUUUUAAAUCUAAUUCAUGCACAUAUUUUGUUUUAAUUUUUUGAUUUUAUAAUUAUUUAAAAUUUAACCGAGUAAGUUUACCAAGUACUUCAGGAACCUUCAAAGUAAUUCUUCCCAUUCUUUCAUACCAAGGGUGACCCCAAUGUUCCAGCUGGUAAUAUCAGCGUGGAAGUGUACUUAGACAAACCUGUAAUCUUGGGAGCAGAUGACCAAGACUCUAUUGAGGCCAUGAUCCUAGCAGAUAUUUCAAGGGAUGAGGGAAGCUACCAGGCUUUACUCAACUCAAGCAAUAACAACAUACACAUGAGGCAGCCUUUUUCUCUCCCUUCAGGAGUAGUUGAUAGGUCAGAGAAUGUUCCGCAAGCUUGUACUGCCAGGUGGGUAACAAAGUCUUUUGUUGUGUAAUUUAACUAAGACUUGUUUACACUUUACACCUCUUUUUUUAAAAAAAACAAGAGGAAGGGUGUUUAUUAAAAAAUUGUAUCUUUCCAUUAUUUUAAUUGUAAUAGAAAGGUACUGAAAUCUUACAUAAAUUUCAGUGAUCAAGUAAUAGUUCUGUAUUAUUUUAAGUAAAGAACAAUACAUACGAGACAUUCUAAAUAUAAUUGGAUUUCUUUACCCUCAGGUAUUUAGCGUGCGGUACAAUAGCAGGAGACUUGUUCACUUCCCCUGGUAAAUGCAGGUGCCAUUUUGUAAAGUUUGGUGACACGUUCUUUGGAGUUCUCUGGCUAGAGCUGUUCUGUUUUAGUGCCUUCCACAAAGUAUCGACAAUACCAGCACCAUCUAGGAGUUAACCAGCUUAAAAUAAGGAGGUAACCGGUGCCAUGUAAGGAGCGAACUUAAGGUAAACGAAGCUGAAGCACCACAGGCCAAAAUUUGUUAGCAGGUCUCAAUGGGGAUAUAGGCAUUAAAUUGAUCGAAUACUGUUUCAGCUGCUUGCCUCAUUAAAAAAAUGAAUAGUGGCUGCUUGAAAAACUUGGUCAAGCCACCACAUCAUCAGAAAAAAGCUUUCAUCUGUUCAUAUAGAACCUUGGUCUAAGCAUUUAAUUAAGGAUCACUUUUUUUUAAUUAAAAAAAAUAUUUUUUUUAAAAAUGCCAACUUUCUAUUUGAAAAUGUGAGAACCUGUAAUCAAACUAUAUAUUUAUUUUAACUUAAUAAAGUGUAGAUGUUUUAAUUUUAUUGCAGAUAUGUAACCAUCAUUGGAAACUGAACAUGACAUAAUUGAUUUCAGCAGACGUCAGUCUACAAAAUAAUUUUUACAAAAUUUAGUGUUUUUGUACAAUUAGCGUGUCUGAUUUUAAAACUGAAAAAUUGAGAUACAUAUACUUUUUAAAGAUGUAUUUAAAUUCAAUUUGAGGUUUGUUUAGAUUUAACUUUUAUAACUGCCUGAUAUUUGAUCACUUUUUAUAUGUUGAUCCACCCUGGAUUUUAACACUGGCCUUAUUCUUUUGCUUUUACAAGUUCUUUUAACUGGGAAUUAUGAAAGUAUUGUAAUUAUUUGACAUUUUAUAGUGUGGAAAGUAUUUUUAUGGAUUUUCUCUUUGCUGAUUUGGCUAUUAUAAUUUAUUAAAAAUCAAAGUGAUGCACUGACUAAUAAUAGAAAAGAGUGUGAUUCAGAUCAAGAUGAAUGAUAACUAAGUCAGACCAACUCAGAAUGGGGACUGUAUGUUGCCCUCUGAAUUUUGAGUCAGAGUAGUGAACAGGACUACAAAAUGCAUUCAAAAUAGGUAAUUAAAUUGUUUGAGACCACUCUAUUUUGAGAUGUAUAACUAAAUAAAGACAUGAUAAUGUGAAUUAUUUAGGAGCAGAAUUUAAAGAGUAUCAAUUAAUGUCUCUUGUUUGUUUGGAGAUAUUUGUUGUUAUAAAAUUAUUUUUUAUUUGCUUAUCACGGUGAUUUCAUGUUUAAACUCAUUUGUCAAUCAUUUCUUCUACAAUACAUUCACUGGUAAAAAAUAAUGGUGGCUGAACUUUACUAAAAUAGCCUAAUUUUAUUUUAUAGUCAAUCAUUCAUUUGAUGUUUUUGUAAUUUAUGAAACUGUGAUACUUUUGGAAUUACUUCUGGUUGAUUGCAUUGUAACCAGGUCUAGAAUGUUGUAUAUAAUAGGUUUAGACUAUUGUAUAUAUAUAAUAGGUUUAGAAUGUUUUACUCCAAUUCAAAAUAGUCUUACCAUAAUACUACUUCAGGUGUAGCUAAGUGGGAACCUUAGAAAAUGUAAAAAUAAAAAUAGAACUUAUAUCACAGCCAGAAGAUUCCAUUCCCCCUUCAACGGUUGUGGCACUAAAAAUCAAAUAAAGAGCAAUAAUGAUAAUAUUAUAUUGUGUUA